UUGCAUUGCAUCGCAUUUCGCAUCAGUCAGUCACAGUGUUCCGUGUGCUUUCAUGUUUCGGCUACGCUAAAUUCAGGGAAAGUGUUUUCUUAUACAAAAUGGACAAACAAGACUGUAAGUACGGGGCGGAUUGCUACCAAAAGAACCCCGCUCACAAGGAAAAAUAUCGUCAUCCGCCGAAAACGGCGGCCACCGAAGAGCGUAGCCCUGGAAAAGUGGAACAAGAAGUUUCCCCAUCGUCAUCAUCGAAGCGUAGUUCGGAAAAUCCGUUGGAUCAUUCCGAUGCGAUGGAAGAUGUGAAAAAGUGCAAGCGUCCGCCAACGCCGGAAAAGGACAAUGAUAAUGCCGAAGAGAGUGACAAGGCCAACGAGUAUUACGGGAUGACCCGGCAGAGAUAUACCCUGCCGGAAGUGCCGAUGGACGUUGGCAUGAUGAGUGACAUUUACGAUCCGCAAAUCGAGUUCUCCAAGAAGGAGGAAUACAAGGAACUGUGCGGCGACUGGAAGAUGUUCAUCAAGCACAAAUUCCUGGUCGAUAUGCCGGACUGUUUUCAGUCGAUGUGGGACUUUUGCCGGUCCAAGAAUGAGGAAAAGCCUUGGGAGGUUUUCGAAAAGCUUGGUCUUCGCUUGGUCGGUCCGUUUGAUGUUCUGGCGAAGAAGUUCAAGGAUGCCAAAAUGCACGAACCGGGAGAUUACCUCCGUCACUGGAGAUUCUACUAUGAUCCGCCGGAGUUUCAAACAGUGCUGGUGAAGAAAGAUUCCGGAGUUCAUUACGGCUACUGGAGAGACCAGCCGGAUGAUACCAGCGGAUUGGUCGCCAUGAAUGAUGUCAAUAAGGGCUGUGAGUUUAAGAUGAUCGGGGAGAAUGUGUUCGAUGCCGUGAUCCAUUUCCUGGAGAACGAAGUCACAACGACUCCCUUCAAUAAAGGCCCGAUUGCGGCGAUGAAGAAAUCCUUGGAAGAAUGGGCCAAGAGUCACGACAUCAAACUCAAGGCCAACGACAAGCAGAAAGCCCGUGGCAAAGCGGUGGUCUGCAAAACGUUCCACAAAGUGGGCAUCGUAGUUCCGUUUGACCGCAAGAAAGAACUGGGCUAUCGCGAACUGCUGGAAAGUGAUGCCAAUUUGAAGAAAAUCCUGUCGCGUUUCGACCGGAUCGAUAACGCUGCGGAUAAAAUUGAAUUCGAUGCCGCAAUGUCCCAGCUGCAACCGGUCGUCACGGGAGCUUUCAUUGCCGUAGAUGAGUGCGACUUUGGGACGGCACUGGAACUGGCCACCGAUUUGUUCUGCCACGGCACCAAAAAUCUGCACGAUGUCAUGAAGCCUUUAUUUGUGACGGCCUAUUCCAUGUUGCAACGGCCUCAGUACAUUGCUAUUAUUAAGUCCCACUUGGAAGACCGCCGUCGAGGAAUUGAUUUAGAUUUACUCACGAAACGCUAAAAUCAUUUAUUCCUUUCAUUUAUAUUAAUCGUCAUAAUUUUGAUACGAAUUUCAUACAUUCUUCAAUAAAAAAAAUCCAAUUAA